CAGAUGUGAAGAGUGAUUCAUGUUUGGAUAUAGAAAUAACGUCCUCAACAUCAAAAGAGCGACUGACAGCACAAACUCUUUCCUGCAUCACCUGUGGAAAGACAUUCAGCUCACAGAGACAUUUAGAGAGACAUGAGAGAAAACACACAGAACAGAAACUCUUCACCAGAUCUGAGAUCAGCUUUACUACCUUACAAGAGAAGAAACUUCAUUCAGAAGACCACAGAGAGAAGAAGAAGAAGAAGAAGCAGCAGUUUCACUGUGAGCAGUGUGGGAGGAUUUGUGUCUCUUUCUCUAAACUAAAUAUUCACAUGAGGACACACAGUGAUGAAAAGCCUUUCAACUGCACUGAAUGUGGAAAUUACUUUAAUACUAAACACAAUCUUAAAGUUCAUCAGAGAAUUCACACAGGAGAAAAACCUUACGAGUGUCCUCACUGUGAGAAGAGAUUUAGUUGUAAAAAUAAUCUGAAGAGACAUGUGCGUUCACACACCAAUGAGAGACCGUAUCAGUGCAGUGAAUGUGGAAAAACCUUUAAGGAUUCACGUUCAUUCAAAUCACACCAGAAUACUCAAAUUAAUGAGAAACUCUAUCAGUGUUCACACUGUGAUAAACGUUUCUGUAAUAAAUAUCAGCUGAUAAUCCAUCAGAGAGUUCACACUGUAGAGAAACCUUACGUCUGCGCUCAUUGUGGAAAGAGCUUCUCUAGUUCAUCUAAUUUUAAAGCCCAUCAGAGAGUUCAUACUGGAGAGAAACCUUAUCACUGUAGUGUCUGUGGGAAGAGUUUUAGUGUAAAGUAUUCAUUACUAAAUCACAAGAUAAUUCAUACAGGUGAAAAACCUUUCAAAUGCUCUCAGUGUGGCAAGACGUUUACUUGUUCAAGUAACUUAAAAAAACAUGAAAGAGUUCAUUCUGGAGAGAAACCUUAUCAAUGUAGUGUCUGUGGAAAGAGUUUUAGUCAAGGGUCUUCAUUACUAAAUCACAAGAGAAUUCAUACAGGUGAAAAACCUUACAAAUGCUCUCACUGUGACAAGACGUUUACUUGUUCAAGUAACUUAAGAUACCAUCAGAGAGUUCAUACUAGAGAGAAACCUUAUCACUGUAGUGUCUGUGGAAAGAGUUUUAAUCAAGGGUCUACAUUAAUAAAUCACAAGAGACUUCAUACAGGUGAAAAACCUUACAAAUGCUCUCAGUGUGAUAAGACUUUUUCUCAGUCCGGUCAUUUAAAAUCUCAUCAGAGACUUCAUACUGGAGAAAAACCUUAACACUGUAAUGUUUGUGGGAAGAUUUUUAGUCAACAGUGUAACUAACUUAAAGGUCACAUUUUCCUAAUCCUAUUUUUUAAACCCUAGUUAGUGUGUAAUGUUGCUAUAAUAGCAUAAAUAAUACUUGUAAAAUAAUAAAGCUCACUGCCAGGCGAUAUAUUUUCUUUAACAGAAUUCGCCUUUCAAAGCUUACAGCGAACGGCCGGUUUGGACUACAGACCUCUACUUCCUGUUUUAAUGACUACAAUAGAACAGUUUUUGACUAAACCCCGCCCACAGGAAUAUGUCAGUCGCCAGCUAAGCUAACGGCAAGCUUAUCAGCCUGUUUUGAGGACAGUGAAAACAGCGCUAUACAGAUAAGUAAAUUAUGUGACCUCUAAGCACAAGAGAUUCCAUACAGGUGAAAAACCCUUAAGUGUGACAAGACGUUUGCUCUGUCAAGUCAUUAGCUUUUACCAUUAAAACCACUACAAAAUAUCUUCCUUUGAACUAAUUAAACAUCUGACUGAACAUCUUAAACUGUCAGUGCCUUAAAAUUAGCAGUUUAGGUGCCAAGCUGUUAAAAAGUGUAUGUGUGUAUGUGUCCGGGAGCAAACAAACUGUUCAUAAUAGUGUUAAUAAAAUAUGAAAAACAACAUGAA